GCGGCGGGAGCGCGGGGUCGCGGCCGGAGGAGGCGACGGAGCGAGCCCGGCCUGGGGAGCCGCGGCAUCCGGGGCUGGUUGGCGGGAGACAAAGCCGCGGCCGGGAGACGCGCCAUGCCCGCAGAUCGCAAGCCCCGCCGGCGAGGGCGCGGAGCCCGCGGCGUCUGAGCGCGUCCCGGGGACGCCGAGGCCCGGGCGGGUGCAGGCGGCGGGCGGGGCCCAGGUGCGCCCGGCCGCGUCGGGCCGUGACUGCUCGGGGGGCGGCGCCCUCCCGCCGCAGCCGCAGUGGCCGGCGCCGCAGCGAGGAGCCAUGGGCAACAUCUCCUCCAACAUCUCGGCCUUCCAGUCCCUGCACAUCGUCAUGCUGGGCUUGGACUCGGCCGGCAAGACCACGGUGCUCUACCGGCUCAAGUUCAACGAAUUCGUGAACACGGUGCCCACCAUCGGCUUCAACACGGAGAAGAUCAAGCUGAGCAACGGCACGGCCAAGGGCAUCAGCUGCCACUUCUGGGACGUGGGCGGCCAGGAGAAGCUGCGGCCGCUCUGGAAGUCCUACAGCCGCUGCACGGACGGCAUCAUCUACGUGGUGGACUCGGUGGACGUGGACCGGCUGGAGGAGGCCAAGACGGAGCUGCACAAGGUGACCAAGUUCGCCGAGAACCAGGGCACGCCGCUGUUGGUCAUCGCCAACAAGCAGGACCUGCCCAAGUCGCUGCCGGUGGCCGAGAUAGAGAAGCAGCUGGCGCUGCACGAGCUCAUCCCGGCCACCACCUACCACGUCCAGCCGGCGUGCGCCAUCAUCGGCGAGGGCCUCACCGAGGGCAUGGACAAGCUCUAUGAGAUGAUCCUGAAACGCAGGAAGUCCCUCAAGCAGAAGAAGAAGCGGGCCAGAAGUUCAGACUGCCCCGCCUCCGCUGGGGGAUCGCACCUGGGAGUCACCUGAGGGCAGGCCCCUGUUGAAAAUUCAUUUGUCUGCUCUGGGCCCAGAGAAGAUGGUGGUUUGGGCCAUCAGAGGACUGCCUGGGACAAUGCAGCACCCAGAGGGCACCGGGCACUGUGCUGGCCUUGGCUGGGAAUGGCCUCGAAGAUGCCCCUUUCCUGGUGCUUUGUGGUGGCUACAGAAGACCAGUUUUGUUGAGAACUGCUUUUCAGCCUGGAAUCAGACAUCUUCCAGAUGGUUUGGACCCUGUCCAUGUGUAGGUCAUUAUCACACAAAGAGACCAAUAAAAAUUAAAAAAAAAAACUAUUGGAGGUGGUGGCAAAUGAUGCAUUUACUGUUUGCAGGAUAGUUAAAGGUGUUUAAAGGGUAAGGCUCUUGGCGUAAAUGCUGGAUGGAGUGUGUGUGCGUGUGGAUACAGGGACCUCCCUCUGUACUGUGUAAUUGGCAUAAAUACCUAGACCUAUAUGUGUGGAAUUUUAAAUUCUCUUUGCCUACUGAUUGGUUUGGAUGAGCACACCAGCUGCAGAUGUGUGCUGAAUUGCAAGAUGGGUUUUUUUUUUGCAAGGGGUGUCUCUUGCAAUACUAACCGCGUGAUGAUGGGUUUUCAGACAUGUUUAAAAAAAAAAAAAACUUUUACUAAUGAAUACUCACCUUAGAAAUAUUCACCUUAGGAAAAAAGACUUUGCUCUGCCCUUUUAUAUCCCUUUAUGGCAAGUGGUGACAUGUUCAGAAUUCUAAUUUGAUUCAUUGUGGCCUAUCUGGUUAAGUAUUUCAUUAAAAAUGUCUCCUUAGAGUAUUUGAUGUCAUACACCAAAAAAAUAAAACCCCACCUUGUUGCAAAAGCCAGACCUCGUUGCAUGGAUUUAAAAGGGAAGGAAAAACACAAGGAUGAAACCCCUCCGAAUUCAUUCUUGUGGGAACUGGCCUUCCUAGCCAGCCAGCACUUUGGGCAAAUGCAAACAACAAUGAGUGCUUGAGAUAAAAGAAAGCAUGUGACGUAAUGGUCACUGGUACUCAGGCACUUUACAGUUUACUUGAAAGAAGCUUUGGAAAAUAGGUAAAGUGAAAGAAGAAUAAAUACAUAUUUUUAAUAAUGUAAUUUAAAAAAUCCUUUAUAAUCAGGACUGAGUCUUGGUUUGCAGGAGCUGUCAUUUACGCUGCAACACAGUAUCAAAAGAGAAACUUAAAACUUACUGUUUGAUUUUUAAAUUUCCUCUUAGAAUCCAUAUUUUCAGAUAGAAUUAUGAUUUCUCUGGCUGUUAUACAUUUCUUUACAAAGGAGGCCCAUAGAAAUUGGACAUGAUCGUGCUUGAGCAUGUGAUUUAGUCAAAUUAUAAGUCCAUACCUAUUGUCCAUUACACUCUGAAAGUUAAUUUAAGAACCAGAGGCAGAAGUUCUGGCUUCCUGCUUGAAACCCAAUUCUUAUAUGAAAUUCUGCAAAAGCAGAAACCUAGCAGCCCAUCGACUUUUUCUCUUUUGUCAGCAUAUUUGGUACCCCUCCAAUGCUGGUCUUUUUGUAGAAACUCAGUAGAGAAAGUAUAGCUAAGCAAUGUUGAAAGCCUGCCAGAUUUCAGUUUACAUAUUGACAGCAUAUUCACUGAUUUCUAAAUGGGCUGGUCCCAUCAUCUGAAGAUUCUGUAUAGAAUUAUAAAAAAAAAAUCCAUCUUUCUUUAUUUUCUUCACAUGCAACAAUUUCUUAAGCACUUUGACAUUUUGGUAGUUCCACACUAUUGAAAGAAUAAUAUAUUUAUUUUGUGACAUUGCAGAUGCCAAAUACUGUAACCUUCUUGUGCUAACGAUACUUAGGUUCAAGAUCACUGUUCAAAUCCUGUCAUGCUUUAAAAAUGAUGCAACAUGAUUUUGUUUUUUGCAUUAUCGAUACUUAAGGGUGCAAUCAACUGUUAGUAAUUGUGCAGUAAAGUAAAGCCCUGUGGUGUAUCAACUAAUAGUUAAGAGUCUCAGUUGAUUUCUGUAAUGUUUGACCUAAUAAUGGCCUAUUUUGUCUCUGACCCAACAGAGGAAGCACAGAUAAAAUCACCUUGGAGUAGUCAUGGAGGGGGAGUCCCCCCAGUAUGUCAAUCAGUGAUUUAGUAUGCCUUCUGCCCUUUGGAGAAUGAAUGGGUUUCACAUAGAGGAAGCUGGCCUCCCCAAGUGAGCUUUUGAAAUGUUUUCUAAUAGACACAGGGAGGCCAAUUUUGUUUCAGAACAAUUUUCUUCACAAAUUCUCUGUUAUGGUGUUGGGACCGUGUCCCCUGGUUUCAGUUUUCCUUCUACUGCUGUAGUUCUCUGUCUUGACCGUCCUCCUCUUUUGUUUCCAUAGCCUUUUAUAAUGCAUAUACGAUGCUGUGAACAGAAAUAAAUUAUUUAUACAAUCAAA